GUUUAAGUUGGGAAUCUGCCAUUAAAGGAUGGAAGUUUGCCCCCCAAAAAUGAAAAUGCUGUCAUCAUCUACCAACCCAGUCACAAGGAUGAAUAGAGUGGUAUAGGGAUUGACGUAUCUUUGUGGGCUGACCUGGAUGGUAGCAUCGCCCUGGUUCCCUGGACAGAAAGCCCAGAGGAUUUUUGUAUUGGAUUUUGGGGAUGUUGUUAAAAAUAAGCUCAAAUGCAGGUUUAUGACACUCAAGUGUUUUGUUCUGCAAGAUAAUCCUCACAGAUGAACAUUGCUCUUGUGAUUAUAGAAGUGUAAAUGAAAUCGCUAGAAGCUUUUAUGUGGCGGCCAAUGCUGAUAUUGUAGCGGACUGCCACAAAUAAAUUAAUGUGUGGGAAACACUGAUAGUUAUGGCCUGUUUUGUCCACCAAAGAACAGCUUGAAAUGUCCCCAGGUCUCCUUAAAACACUGGUUUUGUCACCACAAAAAUGGCUUUUGAUGGUCCACCUUCCAUCAUCUCCCCCGAGAGUCAGACUGUGGCCACCUGCUUUGCAUCCCUGUGGCUUGUAAUGUGGCUGUUUUUUUUUUUAUAACGUUCUGAAAUGAUCUUGCUAGAUGAAUGAUAACUAUCGCAAUUCUAGAAUAAUUUUGCCCUCUGUAUGAUGCCUGAUCUGCCUUUGUCUCACAUAACCUCACUCCAGUCAGUCGAUGGCAACAAUGUCAGUUACAGGCACCAUAAUUAAGGACAAGAAUAGGCUGGAGUCUGGAGGCUGUUAGGAUACUUUAUUCAUGAGGCCAGUCGAGUGUAGCGUCACAUGUUUUUUCUGGUACACUACAUGAAAGAGCUCAGUCAGCAAAGCAAGACAAGUGCUUCCUCAGAAAAACCACAUCCUUCAUCACCACACUUCCUCCUUCUCUCUCUCUCUGUCUCUCUUUGUGUCACACACAAACUGUCAAAUACCUACACUGCCACAUGUGGCGCCCUUAUCUUGGUCUUCUCACAGCUCUCACGCACGUGCAAACACUCACACUGCUGGUGAGUUUCCCACAGUCUGUGAGGGCAGCUGUGAUGACUGAGCAGUCCGGCUCUGCAUGGAGAUUUUGCGGUUCAGGCCAACCCAAAAGUAGAUAUUUGUUAAGUAUCUGUUUACUUCAGCGCAACACGGUCAACAUGUUCCUGGCAAAGAUGCCUCUGAGGUUCUAACGUAUGAAUCCUCACAGUCAAGUAGCCUAAUUCUGAAACCUCCAGAUAAGCAUGACCAGGUUUGCUCUAAGUCAGUUCAGAGUGAUUUGAUGCUCAGUCAUCUCUUCCAGUCAUCUCUGUACUCUGUUUGAGUGGCGCAGAGAGCCGCAGUGAGCCCAGGCAGCCCCUUUCUGUUCCUGCUUCGUCAACCUUAGGCCCCGUUUCACAGUUGACAGGAGGUCACGUGUCGUGGCCUGGUUUCUGUUUAAAAAAAAAUAAAAAAUGACUGGGGUGUUGAGAUGAGAACAUGCCGGCUGAAUGGUGGACAAACUGAAGAAAAAGCCUCAGAAAUCCUGCACCUCGCUGUUUAAUUCAGGUUGAGGUGGUGAUGAAGUGGAGACACAACUUUACAAAAAGAGACACUGGCAAUCAAUCAAAAAAAAAAAAAAAAAGGAAGAAAACACAAGACUUAAACAGGUGUUUGUGUAAGAUCUUCACUCAUGCAAAUUAUCUGAAAAAAAACACAAAAUGUUUUCACAGCUUGAUUUAGAUUGUAAUGUAAUUGAAGGAAUUCCCCAGACAGCCUCUGGGCAGCAUUUAACUCUCAUCUGGACAACUGAAGCCACAGUGGACUAAAAAACAAAAUUGUAAUUGAUUCACUUGCAGGCCUUCUUUGAGCUGUCAGGUGUCCUCGGGUCUUCUCGGAGCUCCAUGUCUCUCUCGCUCGGCAGCCAGUGGCGCACAGAUUUAUUGAAAUGUUUACAGCUUUUCUUUAGCGCAGAAAUGCUUCAUCAUAGAGUCGACGGAGGAGACUGUAGGGGUGAGAGGAGUGUCCCAAAAAGAGGAGUAAUCCUAGGAUUUUUUCGCUGUCAUAUAGUGAAGAGGAGGUGGCAGAUAUGAUGUCAGUGAUGCAACACUUCACUCCUCCUCUGUAGUUCUCCUAUCUCACACUUUCUAUUGCUCCAUGUUCUUUCUAAGGACGUACCAACAUUUGACCUAAGUUUGAGGUUAACAUCUUUAAAAAAUGUGGCACCCUCUGCAGAAUUUACAAGAUAUUGGGUGUAAAUGUAGGAUAAUGGCAAUCAGGUCACAAACAUCAAAUAUGUUGUUGUAGUGUACGUGGUGUCACUGUCACAGCCACUGUGCCUCCCUAUCACUUGUUUCUGUUUCUGUGUAACUUCAGUGAAAGGGUAGGAUCACAGCCUUGAAUACAUGCUUAAGGGGGUAAUGAAGCCACGUGUGGUACAGGAUACCCCCCUUGAUGGAGUCAAGACACUGGUGGUGGUGAAACUGGUUGAAGACAAUGGCUGAGAUCCAGAUGGACGGGGAGAGGAACGGGUUUCUAGUGAGGUCAGACCUGGGCUGCUGGAGGUGAAUGGGAUGGAGGCUAGUGACAACUGGCACUGAAAUGAAGCUAAGCGAAUGUUUAGAGGCUCUGAAUAAUGAUGAAUAAUGAAUAUGCCCUCUUUGUCAGAAGCACAGUCGCCCACCUAAGUUUUUCCAGCCCAUUCUCUUCUCUCAAUCACAUAAAAAUUGAAAUUGUCACUCGUUGUGUUUUUAUUGAAAGUCUCUCCUGAAGCUUGAUUUAUGCUUCUCCAUUGAAUCUACAUCCCACCUAACAGUGUAGCCUCUGUGUAGGUGUAUGUCCUACACUAUAGCCUGAUGUGCACCUCGCCCGGAAAGGUAACUGCACAUCACAACUACACUGGCAGACAUUUCAGAUCAUUCCUUCAGUAAAUUUUACAUCUUGAUAUCAGAAUUUGACAUUUACGAUAAGAUGACUAAUAUCACUUCUAUAUUAAGGAAGUUUGAUCAUAUCUUUACAUUUGGUAUUGUUUAUAGAAAUCUCCUUUUAUUGCUCAUAAAGGCACAGAGCACCAUCAUUUGCCUAGUGCCAUUUCUUGGAAUAAUGUUUAUCUUCUCAACGGCUUUUUGUAAGAACGACAGGAUGGCUGGGUCCUAAAUGAGUGGUAUAUGAUAUUCUCACCGAAAUGAGCUCACCACCCAAGUGGCAGAGAAAACAUUAAUUUGUUUGCAGCAAAAAAAAAAAAAAAAAAGGCUGAUUUUGGAUGAAACGAGAGAGAUGGCACCUGUGGAAAAAAGACGAGGCUGCAUGGGCAUAUUUCUGUGCCGAGCCAGGGGGUCGCAGCAGAGAAACACCGAGAGGAUGAAAGAGCGGGGCUGACAGAUAUGAAAGACAACGUAGUGCUAGGUUUUUCGAUAUGAGUCAUCAUGACAUUUUAUGAAUAAUCCCCUAACACACUUCUGGUCCCCUGUUCAGUCUUACACUCAGAGGGUCUCAGGAUACAUCUUCUGUCAACUCCUCAGCCAGGAUGCAGCCACUCUUUAAUAUCACUUUUACUGUCCUGUGCAGUCUAUCUCUCCUCUCUUCUGCGCUUUCCAUACAGUGUAAUAAGACACAAUAUCCCUGGCCACUGGAACAACCCCAACUUUGCUGUGACCUUUGCAAACCAGGUACAUACAUGUCUUUUCGUCAUGAUACCAGAUGUGAAAUUGUGUGCAAACCUUGCCCGGAUAACCUUUUCCGUGACUCCUUCAACCUGGAACAAAACUGCGAAUAUUGCACAAGUUGCAAAACAUCGAACAUGGAGUAUGAGUCAGAAUGUAAUGCCACUCAUAACGCUGUGUGCAGAUGUAAAGAUGGCUACCGUUGCAGGGAACAACCCUGUAAGGAGUGUGAGCCGAUACCAACCACCACCACACCCGUAACCCCCACUACAGCCCUGAAGCCUCCAACCAACCCUGCCACGCCCUCGACACCCAGGGAACCACUUGGAGAUAAUGUGUGGUUCCUGGUGAUUAUCGCCCUCCUGUCGGCAAUAAUCGCACUCGUUGUUGUUACAAAUAGCAAGCCCAUUCUGCACUGGAUCAGAUCCAAAUCUGACUACCCUUCGGUUAAACAACAGCCACCAGUGACACCGUGCACACCGGACGGAGACGUAUCCACGCCUGUCCAGGAAGCAGGAAAUAUGACCAACCCAAAGAUGGACCCUGAACUUGGAUUAUCACUAAUUUCACAGACAGACACUCAGUGACAGAUCUCUUGUGGCUUUGGACAUUUUUAUGAGAAAU